AUGCCUUUGUGUCUUCAUCAUUAAUAACCUAUUGCUGAAAUUACCUUGAUUUAAUCUCCUACAGAAGAACUUUAAUUGUUUUGCUCGAAAUGCCCUAAAUCAUAAUGCAGCAGCCUUGAGAUAGUGCAAAUUUUAGAUCGACUUUCAAAGCUUAAAAUAGAAGACUAAUCCAAUGUUGAGAACUAUCUCAACUUUUUAUCAAAUAGAAUUAAUGCAAUCAAGCAAGGAUUUCUUCAAGUGAUUGAAAAUUUUGGUAAAUAAGUCAAGGAUUAAAUUAAAUUCUUCGAAUAACAGAUAAUUACUCCUGAAACUAUCAACUAUUACUCCACUAUCCAAUAAUUGACAUCUGAAGAUUUAAAACAAUUGAGUACUAUUUUCGCACUCAAUUUUCAAAUGGAUAACAAUUCAUUCUCAUAUCAUAAGACAAAUAGUAUUAUACAAUAAUAAGUCAUUAUACUCCAUAAUAAAAUAAAAAAAGUAAAUUAACUCAAAAUUUAAAUUGAAAAUUCCUUCAAUCCUGAUUAUUAAACCUAAAGUUAAAUUUAGACAGAUGAAGAAGAUUGCUUUAAUGAGAAGCCAGUAGGGUAUAACAACUAUAAUGAAAAAGAUAGAAUAGAAUACUCCUAACAAAUUAGAGGAAUAGAGUUUAGUUCAGAUUAUUAAUAUGUUUUUGCACAUAGCCAUGAACUACCUUUGACUGCAUUUAAAAUCGUAAAUAACAAAUUGUCUGCUUAUCAAAAAUUAGAAUUAAAAUCCUAAUAUAUCUCUUCAAUCGCUUGUAGUAAAAUGGCGAAUAGGAUUUAUGUUAUCUCUGAUAAGUACCUUGAAGUUUAUGAAGAAAACUAGUUAAACCUUUGGACACAUGUUAAAACAUAUGAUAUGCUACAAACUAUUAAUUUAAUUUAAAUCAGUAUAUCUGAGAUGAUAGCGUUAACUUUUAAAAAUGUGGUAAUGUUAUGGCCUUAAUAUGGGAAUUAAAUAUCACUUCCUUAGAAGCAUACAAAAAUUGUGAGAGAUAUAAGUUUUAAUUAUAAUUCAUCAUUUUUACUAACAGCAAGUGAAGAUAAUUUUGUAAUAUGGAAGGUCAGUAAUCCUAACUAAAUAGAAAUCUACUAGAAUUUUCAAGAUCAAUCAAUAAUCUAUGCUUAAUUUAGUGAUUCAGUUGAGAAUAUUAUUUGUGCAGUCAAUAGAUUUGGAAAUCGUUCUUUUUGGAAACCAGAUAUUCAAGGUUUAUUCUAUGAAGCAUAAGCAAUUUAUACUAGUUCUUCAACUUUUGGAUGCACUAUUAAGUUUCGAUUGAAUUCAAAAUUGAUUAUUUUGGGAAAUCAUUCAAUUUAACUCUUUGAAGUAGAUUAAUAAAAUGAUAAUGAAUGGGUAGUCAAGUAAUAGAUUAAAGUGAAUUGUUGGAAUCUUGAUGUAUCAAAGGAUGCUAAGUAUAUUGUUGCCGAUGAUUUUCGUAACUUAUGUCUUUAUGUAAGAGAAGAGUGA